AGAGUUCACAGCUGAACACAACAGAGCUCAGUUCAACUAUCCAACAGCACUUCACUUCACUGCACAAUCAUGGCCUUCGACGUCGGCACUUUGGACCUGGCGUGUGCAUUCAACAACACAGCCCACCAUACGGACCUGAACGGCACCGACCGUCUGAUCGUGAGGAGAGGACAGCAGUUCACCAUCAAUUUCAAACUUUGUUCUGGAUCCAGCGAGCCUGGAGUUGAUCAGCUCCGUAUCACAGCACAGACAGGGCCGCAGCCUGACGAGCAGUAUGGUACGAUGGCUGUUUUUGGCCUGAGUGAUGCUAUCGAUGACACUCAUUGGAGCGCUACCCUAACCAGACCAUCUGCAGAACUCUUCUUCUUGUCCAUCAGCUCUGCCCCGGAUGCUCCUGCUGGCCGCUACACCGUGUCUUUGGACGACAGGAUUCAGUUUGACUUGAUACUGCUGUUUAACCCCUGGUGUCCUCGGGAUGUGGUGUACAUGGUCAGUGAGGAGAAGCUGGAGGAAUAUGUGCUCUCUCAGGAUGGAAUCAUCUAUAGGGGCAGUGUUGAAUAUCCUGUGCCUUCAGCUUGGUACUUUGGCCAGUUUGAAGAAGGCAUCCUGGAUGUGUGCCUGAGAAUCCUGGAUGUGAACCCUAAAUGCCAGAGGAAUCCUGGGAAAGACUGCUCUGGCCGCCGAAACCCUAUAUAUGUCACCCGGGUUCUUAGUGCCAUGGUAAACAGUAAUGACAGAGAUAAUGGGGUACUUGAAGGCUGCUGGCAGAAAACAUUUGAUGGUGGAAUAAGUCCCAUGUCAUGGAGAGGAAGUGUGGAAAUUCUCAGGACCUGGAACUCCACUUCCUGUUUGCCUGUGCGUUAUGGCCAGUGUUGGGUCUUUGCUGCUGUUGCCUGCACUGUGUCUCGAGCUUUGGGAAUCCCCUGCAGAGUGGUGACUAACUAUCUCUCAGCCCACGACACCAACAGGAACCUAGUGAUCGAACGAUAUGUGGACGAAACAGGAGCGCUGCUGAACACCAGCAGAGACAUGAUUUGGAACUACCAUUGCUGGGUGGAGAGCUGGAUGGCCCGUCCUGAUUUAAAAGAAGGUUUUGAUGGCUGGCAGGCCAGUGACCCCACACCCCAGGAGAAGAGCGAGGGAGUGUUCUGCUGUGGGCCAGUCCCACUGAAAGCAAUAAAGGAGGGAGAGCUCAUGUUUAAGUAUGACACUCCAUUUGUGUUUUCGGAGGUAAAUGCAGAUGUGCAGACAUUUCUACAGUUUAAAGACGGCAACACAAGGAAGAUUCUCGGAACUUCUGAGGUUGGUCAGAAAAUCAGCACUAAGAGUGUUGGAAAUGACAAGCGAGAGGACAUUACACACCUUUACAAAUACCCAGAAGGUUCUGCAGAGGAGCGGAAGGUUUUUGAAAAAGCCAACCAUCAAAACAAACUGGUCAAGGAGAAGGACAACACAGGCCUCCAUGUUUGCAUUAAGGUCUCCUUGGAGAUGAGAAAGGGCUGUGACUUCGAUGUUUUUGCCGUGGUUAGCAACAACACGUCUGCGGAAAAGACUUGUCGUCUGGUGUUUGCCUCUCGUGCCGUGUCCUAUGACGGAGCUAUUGGAGAAGAAUGUGGUUUUAAAGACCUGCUCAAUGUGCAGCUGCCGCCUGGUGGAGAGCGGAAGGUCCCACUGAGACUAAACUACAGUAAAUAUUGUGACCGGAUAACCCAGGAUAACCUGAUUCGUCUGGGUGCUCUGCUGAUCGACUACAGCACCAGAGAGGCCACCCUGGCCAUACGCACCAUCGUCCUUGAUAACCCAGAGAUAAAGAUAAGGAUCCUGGGAGAACCUAAAGUCAACCGUAAGCUGGCAGCAGAACUGACGGUGCAGAACACCUUGCCGGAACCAUUAGAUUCAUGCUGCUUUAGCAUUGAGGGAGCCAACCUCACUGGCAACAAGACCAUCUCUGAGAGGCUGUCGACCUGUAUUGCACCCGGACAGGAAGCUAAGGUCAAAAUCUACUUCACUCCCAACCAUUAUGGUAUGCGCAAACUGCUGGUGGAUUUCAACAGCGACAAACUUGGAACAGUUAAGGGAUUCAGAAAUGUAAUAAUUGGCAAAUAAUGGCCAAUAAUAUGCAAAUGCAAAUAAUACUAUUCAAGCUUUGAUAAAGAAAAUGGUUUGUACUUACACAUAAAGAUGAAAACAUUGUGCAUUGUUUCACAAGGAUGUCGAAAGACAAAUUUGUCAUUUCUUUGUCAUGCAUUUGUAAUGUUUUUGUACAUUCUGCAUAGCUAGGAUGACCUUUCACUACUUCCUUCUACUGUCAAUAGAUCUUCCUAUUUUCUUUCUGUCUGUUUCACUACCCCAAAUCAGACUCUUUCUUCCUUUCAUCUACUCAACGAGUGAUGAAAAAUGGGACCAUAUCAGCUCUUUAUCUGUAGACAAAUCACAUUCUAGAUAUGAGCUACACAACACUCCUAAACCUAUCAGAACAACACACACAGCCAUACCAUUUUCAUGUUAGUGUCAUCGUAGCGUGUGGGGGUCCUGUGGUCCAUUUUGAUUCAUAAAUAGGGUACAGGAGGGUGAAGUGGCUGAUGUACUACAGUCAGUAUCUAUGUCGCUACAAAGUUAAUCUGUAUGGUAAGUGUCCCUAAUAAAGUGUUUGGUGAGUGUA